CAAAUAAACAUUGAAAACGAGGCUUAGCGCGAGUAGAGGUUUUGAUUUGCUGCAGUUGUAACAAAGUUUGUGAAAUGAAGUUAUGUUAAUGUAGAAGUUUGAUCUGAAAAAGAUGGCGUCUGGAGGAUAUGGGCGAGGAGGACGCGGUGCUGCCCUUCUUCAAGCCCUAAAUGCACCUGCACGUAAGCCUGGAGGAACAGAGGAGAGGCAGGCUCCUACAAUGCAGUCCCAGUCUGGUAUACAACAGACCCAGCCACAACAGCAUGAGCAAUCUGUAGCAAGUCCGCCACCACCUGCCAUGCCUAUUGCCAGAGGUAGAGGUGCAUUGGGACUUCUGGCAUCAGCUGCAGGAAGAGGAAUCCUGCCCCCUAAAGCACAACCUUCAGCAGGGACACCAGCAGGAGCAACCCCAUCAGAAGCAAAUGUUCAACCAAGAGGAGUAGAAGCUCUAUUUAGACUCACGUCUGGAAGAGGUGGAAUGAUGGCUUCAGCUGCAGCCAAUGGUGGACGACAACCUGGCCAUGUCCAGUCUGUACAACAGUCGCCCCCACAGAAGCCGCAACCAGCCAAUGUCCAUCAGUCUCCUCCUACAAUGCCACCCCAACAGGCAACAGUCAAGGCUCCUGCCCCAGUGGCAGGUAUGGGCCAGACCUCUGCAGUGUCUGGUGAAAAAGCGCCACUCACCAGCAGAUUUGGAAGCAUGUCAUUGGAUCGUGAGGAGGUUGUUCACAGACCUGGCUCUGUGGGAAAGCCCUUGCCUUUGUCUGCAAAUUAUAUCAGGCUACGGUGUCUCAACCCUGGGGUGUACCAGUAUCAUGUAGAUUUCAGUCCACAAGUGGAUUCCAAGAAUAUGAGAUUCAAAAUGAUGAGUGAGCUGAGGGAUAUCAUAGGAAGUACAAAGGCUUUUGAUGGUAGCAUUCUCUAUCUGCCAAUCAAACUGCCAAGUCAGGAGACAGUGGCACAUUCCAAACGCCUCACGGACAAUGUAGACAUCACAAUCACAAUCAGACAGACCAAGGUGGUAGCUCCAGAGGCCUGUGUACCACUCUACAACAUCAUCUUCAGGAAGAUAAUGAGAAUUCUGGAGAUGGUUGAAGUUGGUAGAUAUUUCUAUAACCCAAAGACGCCGUCAGCAGUCCCACAACACAAGUUGGAGGUAUGGCCAGGCUACAUCACCUCUGUGUGUGAAAACGAAGGUGGAUUAAUGUUACUUGCUGACGCUAGUCAUAGAGUGCUUCGGACCGAAACAGUCCUCCAAAUGUUGCACAGCAUUCUUCAAAGGAACCCACAGAGCUUCCAUGAUGUUUGCAAUCGCACCUUGAUAGGGACAAUUAUCCUCACCCGAUACAACAAUAAAACGUAUCGAGUUGAUGACAUCCUUUGGGAUAAAAAUCCACAGCACACAUUUACUUGUGCCAGUACAGGAGAAUCAACAACAUUUAUAGAGUACUACAAGAAGGCGUACAACAAGAACAUUUUAGACCAUGAACAACCUCUUCUACUUCACAGACCGAAAAGGAAAACUUUACCAGGGGGCAAAGAAGCAAAAAGUGAAGCUAUUUGUCUGAUUCCCGAGUUAUGCUAUGGCACAGGUCUGACAGAUGAACUCCGAAAUGACUUCAAAGUAAUGAAGGACCUUGCAUGUCACACUCGAGUCACACCAAACCAGAGAAACCUGACAAUGAAGAAAUUCAUCAACAGUGUGAAUAGAAAUCCAGAUGCUAAAAAGGAACUGUCAAACUGGGGAUUGGAGCUGAUGGAUGACACUCUGAGCAUGGACGGUAGACAGCUUCCGCCAGAAAAGAUAAUAUAUGGAAAUUACACGGGUUCAGCUGGUCCUAAUGCUGACUGGGGUCGCGAUGCUACUAGACAACAUGUGAUAACAGCUGUGCCUCUUAAGAACUGGGUUGUGCUAUACACCAAGCGAGAUGGGACUAAAGCAUCAAACUACAUCAAACAGAUGCUCCAGUGCUGUCCUCAGAUGGGUAUUGAAUGUCAACCUCCAGUUCGGUUUGAGUUACAUGAUGACCGAACAGAGACUGUCAUCAGGACACUGAGGGAAAACAUUAACCCAUCUAUUCAGAUGGUUGUGAUUAUCUGCCCAACUAGUCGAGAUGAUCGGUAUUCAGCAAUCAAGAAAUUGUGCUGUGCAGAAUGCCCUGUUCCUUCUCAGGUCAUCAUUGCCAAAACCAUCAUGAGAGAGGACAAGUUAAGGAGCGUUACACAGAAGAUUGCCCUGCAGAUCAACUGUAAGAUGGGAGGAGAACUCUGGGCAUUAGAAAUUCCAAUGAAAAAACUGAUGGUGAUCGGGAUUGAUGUUUAUCAUGAUGCUGCCAAGGGUAAGAGGUCCAUCGCAGGAUUUGUGGCUAGUACCAACCCCCAAUGUACCACAUGGUAUAGCCGAGUCUGCUUUCAGAUGCCAGGCCAAGAACUGGUAGAUGGCCUCAAACUAUGCCUCAUCUCCGCCAUCAGAAAGUACCAUGAAGUUAACCAUGUGUUCCCGGAGAAGAUCAUUGUAUUCAGGGAUGGUGUGGGUGAUGGACAGCUCCAGUAUGUGUCUGGUCAUGAAGUGGAACAGCUGAAGGGCUGCUUCAGCCAGUUUGGAGAGGAUUACCAGCCACGUCUGGGAGUAGUUAUUGUCCAGAAACGUAUCAAUACAAGGAUAUUCCUCAAGGGUCACCGUGAGAUGGAAAAUCCACCCUCAGGAACAGUAGUAGAUCACACCAUCACAAGGAGGGAAUGGUAUGAUUAUUUCCUUGUGUCACAGCAUGUGAGACAGGGCACCGUGUCUCCUACCCAUUACAUAGUGGUCCACGACAACACAAACCUCAAACCAGACCACAUGCAGAGACUGUCCUACAAAAUGACACAUUUGUAUUAUAACUGGCCAGGAACUGUCCGUGUACCAGCUCCUUGUCAGUAUGCCCACAAACUUGCUUACCUCGUGGGACAGAACAUCCACAAAGAACCUGCACCAGAACUGUCAGACAGACUUUUCUUCUUGUAAAUGUCAAUCCAUUUCUUAUCGGAGAGCAGCUUAAUGAGUUAAUACUCAUCUUCAUUUAGGAGAGCAUGCAAGAAGCAUGAAUGACACCAAAUAUAUCCAGAUUCAUGAUUUUAAUGUAUCCCAAUUCAGUGAUAAAAUGGUAGCAGUUUGCUGUAGAUGAACAUUGCUAUAGGUUGAUGCGACUCAUCACAUUGAAUUUUCUACACAAAGUGUUUUCCAAGACUGAGCAGAAUUUACAUGUACAGAGUUCUGUUUGUGCUUUAUGAUGCAUUCAAUUGGUAAGGUUGUGUGGGGUUUCAUAAAUACUGGGUAUGUUUAUUUUUGACAAGCUGUGUUAGUUGGGACAAAUCUGAAAACAAUUUUCUUUGUGCAAUUUACAUAAUUAUUUAGACUUCACCUAUAAGGCUAGGUGAUGCUCUUGUUGAUCUCAUUGAGGAAAAAAAAACCAAAAACAACAGCAUUGAAAUAAUUCAUUUACAACUAUGUUAUUAGUAGCUGUGUGCCUGGUAAAGUACAGUUGCAUAAGGCUGUGGUGCUAUUUAAAUGUAAUACAGAAAACGUCACAACUAAAUCCCUUAUUUCUCAGGUGAAUUUAUUUCUAAACGAUUUGUUUGACAUUCCUCAACUACAUAUUUUAUUCAGGCAUCCAUAGAUUUGGUUGAAUAAGAAUAUGUCUUUCAUGUUUAUGAAUGUUGAAUAUGUUUGAUGUAGUAGAUUAACUUCAUGCCUUUUUUUCUGAGGAGCAAUGUUUGUAAUGUAAAUUUGGUGUAUGUCAUUGUUGUGAUAUCACAAGUUACCAGUGUUCGUACAUAUCUACUGGGAGGGCUAUUCCAAUAGGAUAAAACAUGGUUAUAACCAAUCUCGAGGGAACAAACAGUCCACUUUGCUAUUCAUAUUAACCUUAACAAAUCAAUGUUCAAAACUGAUACAAAUUUUAUUAAAGUAUCAACUUUGAUAUCUCUCUAUUAAUCAUAAAAAAGUAGAUAAGUUGAUAAGAUUGUGGCGGCCAUCAGUCAGGGCUGAGGAGUCAAAAGUCAGAAAUUGGUUCAUAUUGACACUUUCUUGUCAUAGCAGUUGUCUUGUCAUAGCAGUUUGAAUUGUAAAGUUAUACCCGUUCAAUUUGGUGGUUAUCUGUCAUUGAUAUUAAGUUUAAAAUUACAUAUGACCACUUUUAAAAUAAUGGCUUGUGUUCAAAUCUAUAACCCAUGAACAGAUUUGGUUUUAUGUUUACACCAGACUUCUGCUGAUUAAACAUGGUUAAUACGAGCAUUCAACAGAUCUACUGUAAGUUAUACUUUUUGAUACUCAACUAUAUGAACAGUCUGGCGUAGUGAUAUGACUUAGACUUUAGUGCUUUGUAAUCUCAAAUAUGGUAGCAGCGUUUGCAACAGUAAUAUAACCAUGAAAUAUUUAGGGUGAGAAAAAUAUACUUGAAAGCACUCGUCCCUCUCACUUCUAAAUUUCAAUUAAAAAAAGAAACAACAACACAAAACCUGUGUAAAUAUGUUUUCAAUGUUUUAAUCAUUAUAUAAUUUGAGCUGCGGUUUUGUGAACCUUUUUUUUUAUAUAUAAAAAACAGUUGAUCAUUCGCUUCACAAUAGCGACAUUUAAACUGAUGUCUACAGGCCUCAUAGGAAAUAACAAACAGGUUCUAAGCAGUAAAAUCUGUUUUUGGACUUGGAUUUAGAUAAAGUUUAAUCAUGUAUUCGCCUGUGAUACUUCAUUGUAUCGGAUAUUAGACUAUACAAAAACGAGAUAUAAAAGUGUGUAUAUAUAUAUAUAGAACUGAGACUCGCUAGUGUUCAAAUAUUCUCAUUCUUAAUGUCUU